CACCCACCAUUUGUCGGAUGAGUAUCGCUGGUACUUAGCAAUCUAGUUUGAGAUUAUUUAGUAGAACUGUACUGAGACUUUUUACAUUCAGAUCAUACAUUUGUGAUUUCACUCCCCAUCCUUUCCAAAGUAGUAGAAUUUUACAGCUACGCCUAUGCAACAACAAAUAAGAGAGUAAGAAUUAUCAGAAAGAAAGCCCCUCUUUAACGAGUAAGGACUCGUCGGGGUUUUCUGAUUUUGUCUCUGUGUACCAACCUUCCAUCUUGAGCUCUUUAAACGAAAACUAAUGGGUUUCAGUAACUGGGAUUUUCGCGUUGGAUCAAGGUGAUUCAAACCAGUUCCUGGAUUAGCCCCGUUGAUUUGUAAUGGGAUUGAAUUGAAGAAAGGGCUUAUCAUGGAAAGUUUUCUUGGCGAUUUUGUGCUGCCUUUGCUGCUUUUGAUAGCUGGUCUACUAAAUUGGAGUUUGAUUUCUUUCAUUAAUUUGGUGGCUUCUCUUGUAAUUCGAUUUGUGGCCCGAAAAAGAGGAUUUCGCUUCAGAUGCAGAAAUUCGUUGCUAUGGUGCAUUUUUUUAUUUUCUCUUAUUGUGAUAUUUUCACAAGUGACCUUUCUUGUUAUAUCGGCAAUUAUGGGUUCGGAAUGGACGGUUGCAGAUGCCUGGUGGAUGAAGCUCAUUGGAUUGAUGAAACUUCAAUCCUGGAGAUCUCCACUGGUUGUAUAUCUCCUGAUUAUACAACUCUUAGUUGCUGUCAUUGCGCUAACUGAGAUCCAGUGGAACAGAUUUGGCUUUUUCCGAUUACAAGAUUCUUGUUGGGCCUGUUUUUCUUCAGUGGUUGAGCAUAUAGGUUCUCGUCUUAGGGUGGCUUCCUGCUUGUUGCUGCCUGGCAUUCAGUUGGUUGUUGGAAUUAGUAAUCCUUCUUGGCUUUCUUUACCAUUUUUUGUCUGUAGCUGUGUUGGUCUUGUGGAUUGGUCUUUAACAAGCAACUUUUUAGGGCUUUUCAGGUGGUGGAAGCUUCUUUGGCUUUAUGCUGGCUUCAGCAUUUGCUUGUUGUAUGUGUAUCAGCUCCCAGUUGGCUUCCCAGAGAUUUUCAACGCGAUAGCCAAUUUCGUUGGUCUGUACAAACUUUCUCCAAAAUCUGAUUUGCAAGAAAUUUCUUCCAGUCUUUCUUUGAUGGCAUUUUACCAUGUGCUCUCCUGCGUGAAGUGUGAUUUGGAGGAAAUGGAUUUCCUUAUGUCCAUAAGAGAGGGAAGCUUGACCGAGCAACUUCUGCCCUCAAGGCAUCCAUUUUUUAUUCGUGAAUUGAGAUCUGGUGUAAGGCAUGCAAAUGUAUUUUUAAGGAGAACAGUUUUCCGGUUUUUCACUAUCAACUUUUUCACGUAUGGUUUUCCGGUCUCCUUGUUUGCACUUACAUUUUGGAGCUUCCACUUCGCGAGUAUAUGUGCAUUUGGAUUGCUUGCAUAUGUUGGGUACAUUUUAUAUGUUUUCCCUUCCUUGUUCCGUCUGCACCGAUUAAAUGGGUUGCUUCUUGUCUUUAUUCUCUUGUGGGCGGUCAGCACAUAUGUCUUCAAUGUGGCAUUUGCUUUCAUGAAUUGGAAACUUGGAAAGGACAUGGAAAUCUGGGAGAUGGUUGGGCUGUGGCAUUAUCCCAUUCCUGGCUUCUUCCUACUUGCUCAAUUUUGUCUUGGAAUUCUUGUUGCUCUUGGUAACCUAGUUAACAAUACUGUUUUUCUCUGCAUAUCGGAUGAGGAGGGGCAGUCAUCAAAGGACUACUACAAAGAGGAAGUGAAUGAAGAAACCAAAGUCCUUAUUGUGGCUACAAUAGCUUGGGGAUUGCGCAAAUGUUCUCGUGCCAUCGUACUGGUGCUGAUAUUCCUUAUAGCAAUGAAACCUGGUUUCAUCCAUGCCGUGUAUGUGAUAUUCUUCUUCAUGUAUCUUUUGAGCCAUGAAAUCAGUAAAAGAACGCGCCAAUCUCUGAUUCUUCUUUGUGAGGCUCAUUUUGCCAUACUGUACAUUCUUCAGCUUAAUUUGGUCUCAAAAACUCUGGAGAAGAAAAGCUCCUUAAGCAUGGGAAUCCUUUCUCAGUUAGGUCUCCUUGAAAGUGAUAGUUCUUGGGAUUUCCUCGAAAUAGCUCUGCUUGCAUGCUUUUGUGCAAUUCAUAAUCAUGGGUUCGAAAUGUUGUUUUCAUUUUCUGCAAUCAUACAGCACACACCUAGUCCUCCAGUUGGAUUUAGCAUUUUGAGAGCUGGAUUGAACAAAUCAGUUUUGCUGUCAGUCUAUGCCACCUCAAGCACCAGGGACAGUCAUGACAAUGCCUCCCAUGAGAAAAGAAUUGCUCUGUAUCUUGGCGCGAUAGGGAAGAAAUUUUUGUCUGUGUAUAGAUCAUUUGGAACCUACAUCGCGUUUCUGACCAUUCUUCUAACAGUUUACCUGGUGAGGCCUAAUUGUUUGGCAUUUGGGUACAUUUUCCUUCUCCUUGUCUGGAUUAUCGGAAGACAACUUGUGGAAAGAACAAAACGACGUCUUUGGUUUCCACUAAAAGCGUAUGCAAUCAUAGUCUUCAUUUUCGUCUAUAGUUUGAGCAUUUUCCCCACUUUUGAGGCUUGGAUGUCUGCAAAAUUCAUUCUUCAGUUGUAUUUUGGCUAUAACCCCGGUUCUUCAUUACUGGAAAAUGUUUGGGAGUCUUUAGCAAUUGUAGUCGUAAUGCAACUUUAUAGCUAUGAGAGGAGACAGAGCAAAAGUGUUAGAUCAGAGGAAUCAGAUUUAUCUCAAUUUGGGAUUUUGGGGUUCAUCAGACGCUGCCUAAUCUGGCACAGUCAUAAGAUCCUGUUGAUUGCAUUGUUUUAUGCUUCAUUAUCUCCAAUAAGCGCAUUUGGUGUUUUGUACCUUCUUGGUGUUGUCUUUUGUUCAACUUUAUCUAAAGCUUCCCGAAUUCCAUCCAAAUCAUUCUUGAUCUAUACGGGUGUUCUAGUGACAUCUGAGUAUCUGUUUCAGAUGUGGGGUGAAUAUGCUGAAAUGUUUCCUGGACAAAGGCACUAUGAUCUAUCCCUCCUCCUGGGGUUUCAGGUAUACAAACCAAAUUUCUGGGGUAUAGAAGCUGGCUUGAGGGCAAAAGUUCUUGUGAUUGCUGCAUGUACCCUUCAGUAUAAUGUCUUCCAUUGGUUGGAGAGGAUGCCCACUUUUCUUGUAGAUGUAGUUAAUUCGGAGGAGCCUUGCCCACUUUUUGUCUCUGCAGAAGACGUCCUACCAGUUGUUUCAGUGCCCAAUGGUGAAAAUGACGCAUCAUCAAGUUUCAAUGAACGAUCUUCAAGAAAGAUAGGAGUCACGAGUAGUUCAUUGCCUACAUUCAGCCCUGGUCUUUACCAAUCAUCUCAUGAUGUGUCCACGGCUGGAGUAGGAUAUAAGGAUCACAAUACUAGAAAAUACUCAUUUGGGCAUAUAUGGGGGAGUGUGAAGGAGAGUCAUAAGUGGAACAAGAAGAGGAUUCUUGCCUUGAGAAGGGAGAGGUUUGAAAUCCAAAAGACUACCUUGAAGAUAUAUUUGAAGUUUUGGAUAGAGAACAUGUUUAACCUUUUUGGCCUUGAGAUCAACAUGAUUGCACUACUAUUGGCCAGUUUUGCUCUUCUGAAUGCAAUUUCUUUGCUGUAUAUUGUAUCACUUGCAGCUUGUGCUCUUUUAGAGCGGCAUAUACUUCGGAAACUGUGGCCUAUGUUCGUCUUCUUGUUUUCUCUUAUCCUUGUGUUUGAAUACUUUGCCAUGUGGAAGCACCUCAUGCCGUUGGAUCCAGAUGUUUCAAGUGACACUAAUGUGCAUUGCCAUGAUUGCUGGAAAAUCUCAAACUUAUAUUUUGCUCAUUGCAGGAGCUGUUGGUUGGGGCUUAUUGUUGAUGAUCCCCGAAUGCUGAUUAGCUGCUUUGUCGUCUUCCUGCUUGCAUGUUUUAAGCUCCGUGCAGAUUGUGCUUCAAGUUUCUCUGGAUCAUUUACAUAUCGCCAGAUGGUUUCUCAAAGGAAAAACGCUUUUGUUUGGAGAGAUCUGUCAUUUGAAACCAAAAGCAUGUGGACUUUCCUUGACUAUUUGCGGCUUUAUUGCUAUUGUCAUCUGUUAGAUCUUGUGCUUGCUUUGGUUCUGAUUACAGGAACCCUUGAAUAUGAUAUUCUGCACCUAGGAUAUCUUGCUUUUGCUUUGAUUUUCUUUCGGAUGAGGCUUACGAUAUUAAAAAAGAAAAACAGCAUCUUUAAGUAUCUGCGCAUAUACAAUUUUGGAGUUAUUGUUCUUUCUCUUGCAUAUCAAUCUCCUUUUGUGGGUGAUUUUAGUGGGGGAAAGUGUGAAACUAUUGAUUACAUAUAUGAGGUGAUUGGAUUCUACAAAUAUGACUAUGGGUUCCGGAUAACCUCCAGAUCUGCUUUAGUUGAGAUAGUCAUUUUUGUUCUGGUAUCACUACAGUCAUACAUGUUUUCCUCCCCUGAGUUUGAUUAUGUAUUUCGGUAUCUUGAAGCGGAGCAAAUUGGGGCUAUUGUACAUGAGCAAGAGAAGAAAGCUGCAUGGAAAACUGAACAGUUUCUUCACAUUCGUGAAUCUGAAGAGAAAAAGCGCCAGCGCAACUUCCAAGUAGAGAAGAUGAAGUCCGAGAUGCUUAAUUUACAAAUCCAGCUUCAUAAUAUGAACUCUACAUCUGCGUGUGAUGACUCUUCUCCUGCAAGUGAAGGGCUUAGAAAGAGGAAGAAUGCCACAGUAAAUACAAAUAUGAACAGUGGAAUUCUUGAAAAGCAGGAUAUUAAUACUCAUCCUGAUUCAGGUUUUGCAUUCGAUCUGUAUGGUUCUCCAAGUAAUGUAAGAGGAGAGAGUCCUUUUACAAUGGAAUUUGCAAAGCAACCAAUAGAAUCUCCUCUUGGAGAGAUCACUGAGCUUGAGGAAUGUACAAGUGAAGGUUCAUUUCUGGAGUCUGACAGAGAAAGGAAAGGCAGAGGCCGAGCAAGUGAAAACCCUUUAGUCUCUGCUGUACAGUUGAUUGGUGAUGGUGUUUCUCAAGUGCAAUCAAUAGGAAACCAAGCAGUUAACAAUAUUGUGAGCUUUCUUAAUAUUGCACCUGAAGAUUCAGAUACAAAUGAGCACACAGCUGCUGAGGAUGGGGUCUUUCAGGAGAGUGAGAGCCAAAAUGUGAGGUACGCAUGCUUGGAUCGUGCCUCUUCUGUGCAAUCUGACAGAAGUAGAGCAUCUGAUACUGCAAGUUUGCAGAUUGGAAGGAUCUUUGGCCAUAUUUGGUCUCAGAUGCGGUCGAAUAAUGAUGUUGUUUGUUACAUUUGCUUUGUACUGGUAUUUCUGUGGAACUUUAGUUUGCUUUCGAUGGUUUAUUUGGCAGCUCUAUUCUUGUAUGCUCUUUGUGUCAACACAGGGCCAAGUUACACUUUUUGGGUUAUCAUGCUAAUCUACACUGAAAUUUAUAUAUUGAUUCAGUACCUGUAUCAAAUUGUGAUCCAACAUUGUGGUUUCAGCAUCCAGUCAAGCCUUCUUCAAGAACUUGGGUUUCCAACAAAGAGGAUAAAGUCAUCAUUUGUGAUAAGUACAUUGCCUCUUUUUCUAGUGUAUCUAUUUACUCUUGUUCAGAGCUCUAUAACUGCCAAAGACGGUGAAUGGUUUUCGCCAGGGUUUAGUAAGGGGAGAUUGUUGCACCGCAAGGAGGUUCUGCAGGUUUCUACUUUGAGUGGGACAGCAAAGGAGCUGGUCCAGCUAGUGGAAAAAAUGGUCAAAAUGGUGAUUAGCAGCUGCAGUACAUAUUGGAAAUCACUGACACAGGAAGCAGAAUCUCCUCCAUACUUUGUCCAGUUGUCUAUGGAUGUUCAUUUGUGGCCAGAAGAUGGAAUUCAACCAGAGAGGAUAGAAUCUGGAAUUAAUCGUCUGCUACAGCUUGUUCAUGAUGAGAGAUGCAAAAAUGAAAAUCAUUGUUCUUGUGCUAGUAGGGUUCAAAUUCAAAGUAUUGAAAAGAGUACAGAAAACCCAAAUGUUGCCUUAGCUGUUUUUGAGGUGGUUUAUGCCUCACGUAGUGAGGAAUGUAAUGCCAAAGAACAGUACGAGUCCCUAACACCAGCGGCUGAUGUAGCAAAAGAGAUCCUUGAAGCACAUAAUGCUGGUUUUACAGAGGGAAUUGGAUUUCCUUACCAUAUAAUCUCUGCUAUUGGAGGUGGUAAAAGAGAAGUUGAUCUCUAUGCCUACAUAUUUGGUGCAGACUUGUCUGUUUUCUUUUUGGUUGCUAUUUUUUAUCAAUCUGUCAUAAAAAACAAAACUGAGUUUCUCGAGGUUUAUCAGCUUGAGGACCAAUUUCCCAAAGAGUUCGUAUUUAUUCUAAUGGCUAUCUUCUUCUUGAUCGUAGUUGAUCGUGUUAUCUACCUCUGUUCUUUUGCCACAGGAAAAGUUAUAUUCUAUCUGUUCAAUCUUAUCCUUUUUACCUGUGCGGUCACACAGUAUGCCUGGCACAUGGAUACCUCCCAGCAAAACACUGCAGGUUUAGCUCUUCGUGCAAUAUAUCUGACUAAAGCAAUUUCUCUGUCACUACAAGCUAUGCAAAUCCGAUAUGGGGUACCACAUAAGAGCAUCCUGUACCGGCAGUUCCUCACCAGCAAAGUUUCCCGAGUGAAUUAUCUAGGUUAUCGGCUUUACCGUGCCCUGCCUUUUCUAUAUGAACUACGAUGUGUUCUUGAUUGGUCGUGCACUACAACAGCAUUGACAAUGUAUGAUUGGCUGAAGUUGGAGGACAUUAAUGCAAGCUUGUACCUCGUCAAAUGUGAUGCUGUUCUUAAUAGGGCUAGACACAAGCAAGGGGAGAAGCAGACCAAAUGGACCAAGUUUUGCAAUGGGAUAUGCUUAUUCUUCAUUUUAAUUUGUGUAAUUUGGGCUCCUAUGCUGGAUUUGAAGACAAAGAGGACGAUUGGUGGAGGACAUGAGCAUAAUGGUCUUUACUUUCUCAACUCUAAUGGUCCGAUUGCGUGCCCUGCUACUGUUUCUCCUCUUGAAAUUCACUGUCGUUUGGGUCAUCCGUCUCUACAAAAUUUGAAGAAGUUGGUCCCUACCUUGAGUCAGUUGUCUUCAUUAGAAUGUGAGUCUUGUCAAUUAGGAAAGCAUCAUCGUGUUUCUUUUGUCCCUAGGGUCAAUAAACGGGUUUCGGAACCCUUUUUGUUAGUUCAUUCUGAUGUUUGGGGUCCUAGUCGAGUAACUUCAAAGUUAGGUUUUAAAUAUUUUGUAAUCUUUGUUGAUGAUUUUUCCAGAGUUACAUGGCUUUAUUUAAUGAAAGAUCGUUCAGAACUAUAUUCCAUUUUUUGUGCAUUUGUUACAGAAAUAAAGACUCAAUUUGGUGUGCCUGUACAUAUACUUUGCAGUGAUAAUGCGAAAGAAUAUUUUUUCACUCCUUUUGAUACCUUUAUGACUAAGUCCGGUAUUCUUCAUCAGUCCUCUUGUCCUCACACUCCACAACAGAAUGGAGUUGCUGAAAGAAAAAUUGGACAUUUAAUCGAAGUUGCUCGGAUACUUUUGUUGCACAUGAAUGUACCCAAACAAUUUUGGAGUGAUGCAGUUUUAACUGCAUGUUAUUUAAUUAAUCGCAUGCCAUCUGAUAUUCUUGGAGGCCAACUACCUCACUCCAUUCUUUUUCCUCAGGACCUUAUAUUUAAAUUACCUCCUCGUAUUUUUGGUUGUGUGUGUUUUGUUCAUCAGCUUGCUCCCGGGGUGGAUAAAUUAGAUUCUCGUGCCAUUAAGUGUAUUUUCUUAGGAUACGCACGAGCGCAAAAGGGGUAUAGAUGUUACAGUCCAGUUUUAAAUCGUUUUUUCACUUGUGCUGAUGUUACUUUCUUUGAAUCCACUCCUUAUUUUAUGAAGCAAGGUAUGUCUUGUGAGUUAGACCAGUGUUCCUCUUUUUCUCCUCCUGUUUUACCAAUCCCUUCAUCUUUAUUACCUGAGUUAUCGGGUUCACCAGAUUCCACCACUCGAUUAUCUUGUCCUAAUCUUCAAGUUUAUUCUCGUCGUUCCAUGGUUGAGAAAGCUCCUGAUAUGCUACGCACUCCACCAAUUAACUCUCAUUCUUCAGAUCCAGGUAUGACGCCCUCUUGUGAGUCAGAUUUUCCUAUUGCUUUACGUAAAGGUAAGAGACAUUGUACUUCUCAUCCUAUUUCUAAUUUUGUCUCUUAUUCUCGUCUCUCUCUGUCAUAUUCUUCUUUUGUUGCAUCUCUUGAUUCGAUAUCCAUUCCUAAGUCUAUUACCCAUGCUCUCAAUGAUCCUGGCUGGAGGUUAGCUAUGCAGGAAGAGAUGCUUGCUUUGGAGAAAAAUGGUACUUGGGAUCUUGUCCCUCGUCCUUCAGGUAAGCCUGUUGUUGGUUGUAAAUGGGUGUACACUAUAAAGGUGCAGCCUAAUGGUUCUAUUGAUAGAUUGAAGGCUCGUCUGGUAGCUCGAGGAUUUACUCAGGUGUAUGGAGUUGACUACGUAGAAACAUUUUCUCCUGUUGCAAAGAUUACCUCGGUUCGCCUUCUUAUCUCUUUGGCAGCAACUUACAAUUGGCCAUUGCAUUAGUUGGAUGUGAAAAAUGCAUUUUCUGCAUGGAGAUUUGGAAGAAGAGGUAUAUAUGGAACAACCUCCUGGAUUUGUUGUUCAGGGGGAGAAUUCGCAGUUGGUUUGUUGUUUGAAAAAAUCCUUAUAUGGAUUGAAACAGUCUCCAAGGGCUUGGUUUGGCCGGUUUAGUAGUGUGGUCAUGGAGUUCGGUCUGA